CGCGGCGGGCGGAAGCGGGGCCGGGCCGGGUGCGAGGUGGCGGCGGCGGCGGCGGCGAUGGGUGGUCACUUGUUAUGAACUGGUGGUGUGGAAGAAGCUGAAUGAAUGGAAGAGUCAGGGCAGAAAGGAAGUUUGCGUUUCAUGCUCUCCGCUGGCCACAGGACACAAACAAUGCUGUGCAUCUGAAGAGACCUGGAAUCAUCGGAGCUGUGUGUCCUGAGGGACUCUGACCAUCUCUGAAGGGCGCCAUGAUGGAUAACCGGUUUGCCACAGCGCUGGUGAUCGCCUGCGUGCUCAGCCUCAUCUCCACCAUCUACAUGGCCGCCUCCAUCGGCACCGACUUCUGGUACGAGUACCACACCCAGUCCCCGGCCGAGAACGUUAGUGAGGCCGGGAGGGGCAUCUGGGAGGAGUUCGUCAGCAAAGAUGCGGAUGAGAAGACGUACACGGAUGCGCUCUUCCGGUGCAACGGCACGGUUGGAUUGUGGCGGAGGUGCAUCACUGUACCCAAAAACUCUCACUGGUACAGCCCACCAGAAACUGAUAUGACUACAAACUGCAUCAGUUUCUCCCUCUCUGAUCAGUUUGCAGAAAAGUACAUAGAGCCUGGAAAUCACAACAGUGGCACGGAUUUGAAUCGGACUUAUCUCUGGCGGUUGCAGUUUCUCCUGCCCUUUGUCAGCAUCGGCCUCAUGUGCUUUGGGGCUCUGAUUGGGCUCUGUGCUUGUGCCUGUCGCAGCCUUUACCCAGCCAUUGCCACUGGAGUCCUGCAUUUCCUAGCAGGGCUGUGCACGCUGGGCCUCGUUGGAUGCUAUGUGGCUGGGAUUGAGCUGCUCCAUAGGAAGCUGCCUCUGCCCGAGGAUGUGAAGGGUGAAUUCGGCUGGUCCUUCUGCCUCGCCUGUGUGUCAGCACCUUUGCAGUUCAUGGCAGCUGCUCUUUUCAUCUGGGCAGCUCGCACCAACAGGAAGGAAUUCACCCUGCUGAAAGCCUACCGUGUGGCUUAAGA